UUACUAUUCAAACAUCAACUCUCUCUUUACCAUCAAGUCUAUACUUGCGUUUUGGCCGCUACGCAUCAGGAAAGUAUACCAUGAACUCUGACAGCGAACACGGAAGCUCCUCAGAAACGAGCAGCUACGAGGUAGUCGGAACAGAAUCCAGCGCAGACCCUGGAUCUGGAUAUGGGCCUGUCCUAGUUGCGUCCACCCCAAGCGUUAAUGGGAAUGGAAGCAGCAGUGACAACGAAGCUACCAGGGAUGCCGGCCAAGCGGACGAUCGUCAAGCAACGAAUGAACGUAUCAAUGACUGGAGGGAUGAUUUGAACCCAGAAGAUUCACUGGAAUCUAUGAAUGGCCCCUCCUUAGCCUUGGAAGAGGAGUCUCACCGUGAAUCAGACGAGUCAAUUCGAAUAGACACGACUUUAAGCGUAACUCAACGACUCCCCUUUCCGCCCAGUCCAGAGUCCCCCGACAAUCCUGCUUCGCCAGCUCUGUCAGCUGCGAGUACAGACUCUGAUUCAAGCGGGGAGGAGUUCUAUGACUGUCAAGAGACACUCCCCAUUGACGAAGACGAGUACUUCAACGACGGUGACGAAGUUGGUAGCAAUAAUGAUCAACCCCCUUCAUUUGCACCAGCUAAUCCCUUAUUCCUGGGAAAAAAAGACCACGAUAGAGCACGCGAUCAUGUGCAUAAACUCGUAACAGCAAAGAUGAUGCCUCCCAACGGGCCCCACGGCCCAAUGCGUGAACCACACAGAACAGACCCCGAGACUGCAUCUAUCCUCAGCAGUUUCGACGAAGUAAAGGCAAAGCAUAUCAUCACCAUGAACCUUCUCAAUGUCCUCGUGUGCAUCCUCAGUCAAAGAUACGGCCGUGCUGAAAAAGAGGCAAAGAAGGCCCUCGAGAUAGCAAGGGAACUCAGACAAGAGCCCACAAUGGCAAGAUGCUUUUUCUGGUUAGGUGUUAUUGAAUAUAGCCACGGCAAUGAUGAGAGGGCGUAUUUAUACUUCCUGGACGCGCAUUCCUGCGUGGAUGAAUAUCCCACUGAAGGGAAGCUGUUGGACAUGUACCUCAAUCUCCUGCAGAAGGGUAUUAGGAAAGAGGAUCGGAGGAAGCUUUUUUUCCCCGGGAAUAAUAGCACUGCAGUCAAUGCCUUGGGUAGAAGCUAUUUCUCCAUUUUUACUAAUGCACAUCUCAAACGGAAAUGGAGUGCUCUUCCUCGUGGUGAAUCCGUCCUCCGUAUGACGGCACAGGGACGGUCCAAGAAGAAAUCAUGUUUUGGGAAGGAUUCGGAGAAGAAGAAGGAUACCUCCACGACGGUGCGUCCAACCGUCUGGAUCAAACGCGAUGCACAAGACAUCCAGCCUCGAUCCGCCGGUGCAGUCAAUGACGGAAAUUUAAGUAACCGCCAUUCAGCACUGGGGACACUCGUUGAGGGAGCUGAUCUGUGCUGGCUCAAUAAAUAUCCAUACAUAAACGAAUACUCGAUACAAGGCCCAUUCGCUUUCAAGGAGAAUCCCAGGGGACUAGCACCACGGACUCGCGGGACGGAGAUCUUCUUCGAGCAACCGUGGGAGAUUAUUUUGUCCAAGGAGAAAUGGAAAUCCAUUGAAAAGACCGUGGGGAGCAAGGAGGUCACUAUGAGCUUCUUGAAAGAGGAGCAUGAGAAGCUGGGAAUAUGGUCCAUGCUGAAGACGAGGGCAGAACAGAGCAAGGUCAAAGAUCUAGACGAUGGAUCGAAGCCUGCAAAUAUAUCAGAGCAUGAGGACAGCACGGUAGAAUCAACGAUGACUCCCGAAGAUGAUGAUAGCCCAAGAAGCGAUGGUACACCAGAGGUAAAGAACUCCCCAAUCCACGACGAUGACGACGACGACGACAACGGCGAAGAAGGCCAGGACGCUCCACAAGAAUCGCCGAGACCCGCGGACCAUGAGGAUGAUCUAGAUGUACAUCCAGAUGAAUAG